AUGCUCGCCGCGAUCAUCUGUGGGCCUCCUGGUGUCCUUCGGCCUCCUGCGCUCCGCUCGGGGCGAGCUGCAAUGGGCAUCUCUGAUCUCUUCGGCGGGAAGGCUGCCAGCGGCGCCAGCGGCGCAGCCGUCACGCUGCCAGCCGACUCCGCCCCCUCUUGGGUGGACUUGAAGGCCGCGGUCGCUGCGACCCCGGCUGGAGAAAUGCUGGGAGAGGAGCGGGCGCUGCAGGCAAAGGGGCUCGGCCCGCCUCACACCGACGCCCGCUUGCGACUCUUCGGAGCCAAGUCCGAGAGCGAGGUGCGCGUGACGCUGUUCCGCGACACUGCCGCGUGGUGCCCGUACUGCCAGAAGGUGUGGCUGCUGCUGGAGGAGAAGCGGAUACCGUACCGGCUCGACAAGAUCAACAUGCGGAGCUACGGCGACAAGCCGCGCUGGUUCCUCGACAAGGUGCCCAACGGCCUCCUGCCGGCGAUCGAGAUCGACGGCAACUUCAUGACGGACAGCCUGCCGAUCAUGCAGGCGCUGGACCAGACAUUCAGCGGUGAAGGGACGCCGAGGAUGGUCCCGCCGCCCGGCCCCGAGCGCGACCGCGCCUCGAAGCUUCUCGGCCUCGAACGCGAGCUGUUUGGCGCGUGGUGCAGCCUCACCUUCCAGCCGGGCAAGGGCCUGAUGGACCGCAACGAGCGCGCCUUCAUGGCGACGCUCCGGCGCGUCGACGAAGCGCUCGGCGAGUCGGCCGGCCCAUGGUUCCUCGACUCUGCCGACCACCCCACGCUGGUUGACCUGCAGUACGUGUCGCAUGUCGAGCGGAUGCUCGCGUCGGCCCUCUACUGGAAGGGGAUCCAAAUACGCGGCAGCGGCCGCUUCUCGAACCUCGAGGCGUGGCUCGCCGCCUUUGAGGAGCGGCCCGCUUACCUAGCGACCAAGAGCGACUACUACACGCACGUGAUGGACAUCCCGCCGCAGUACGGCCCGGGCUUCUCCGUCGACGAGGCCACAUCUCCCCCUAUCUCCCCCCUAUCUCCCCCUAUCUCCCUCAAGCGGUACCUGCAGGCAAUCCACCGCACCGCCCCUCACGAGCCUAGAAGCGGACUGCGCAUUCCUGCGCGAGAGGCCGCUGCCGCCAUUGACGGCCGCGGCGGCAGCUGGUCGCUGCCGCUCGACUUGCAAGGGUCGGCGUUCGAGCCGCUGGCGCCGCUGCAGGCGGCGUUGGGCGACGCCGCGGCGCGGCACGAGGCCGCCCGGCGAGCUCUCGCCGGGCUGGCAAGUGCAGGGCCCGUCCGUGACAUAUUGGAGGCCUCUCUGCAGGCCGCCUUUGAGCUCGUUGCCAACCACGCCGCCGUCGUGCGUUUUGCGGCGCGCGGUACCGGCGCGCCCGGCCGGAAGCGCUUCCAGGCGCCGCUCGCCGAUCCGUACGCCACGCCAAACGAGCAGGCCGUCGCCGCGGUGGACGUGUGCCUUCGCCACGUGGCCGCCGCGCUCAUCAGCGGCGCCGAGGAGACGGCGGCCGCGGCCGAGGCCGACCUGGCGGCUGUCAAGGGCGCCGACGGCGGGCGGGCCCUCUCGGCGUGCCUCAUCUACCUGCGCGACCGCAUCGGCGUGCCGCGCGACAUGAGCCAGCCGGCGGCCAUGAACCUGCGGGCGCACCUCAACGCGCUCAUUGCGCUCUGCUGAGCCCGCGCGAGUGCGGUGAUAGCAACUGGAUCAGCCUCGCGGGCCAGUCUGCGAUGUGAGAUGCGCACGAGGCGAUACCCGGGUGACACGGCCACCUGCUUUGGCCUACGUUACCUCGCGCCGCCAUGCUACAACCGGCUGACUCACGCGUCCACGCAGUGGCCUGGGCGCUGGGUUAGUGUAGAUAUUCUGUUCACCGUGGUAAAAUUCUUCGCAUGUUGUGUGA